GUGUACUAUAAGUAUAACAAGAUGGCGGGUCAUUGAUGAUACACUGAUUAUCAAGUUGAUAUUGGUGAUUUUUGGAGUAUAAUAAAAUCAUACUUAUUUUUGUAGUUAAAAAGUGUUUCAACUCAUACAAAAUGGGAUCAUCUGAUUUAGAAUAUAUUGAUUCAAAGCAAGAAAUUCAUAAUGUCGAUGAAGAUGCUGAUGUUUCUGAACAAAAAAAAAAAAAAAAGCGCAAGCAUAAGCAUCAUAAACAUAAAAAAGACAAAGUAAUAGAUAAAGAAAAAAUUGAAAUAAAAAGUGAUAAACAAGACAGAAAAAAACACAAAAAACAUAAAAAACUACAAAAAGAAAGAGAAACAAAUAACGGGAUUACAGAAGAGAAAAUACCAGUAAAAGUUGAUAUUAAAGAACCAACUAUUAAUGGUAAACUUGUACAUUCUGUAAUGGAAAUUCCUUCUACGGAAAGUGAAGGAGAAAAUCUAGUGGAUUUAGAUUCAGAUGAGGUUGAUUGUACAAUCAUUGAGGAUGAUAUAGAUUUAGAAGAAUUAAUGAAACAAAAAGAACGACUUCAAGCAUGUUUAGUGCAAUAUCUUUCUGAUGAAUCUGAAAAAGAUGAAAAAGAACUUGACUCAGAAGAAGUACUAAAAAAAACUCCUGAUGUAAUUCUUGUUGAAGAUGACAGUAGUGAUGAUAUUAUAUCUAAAAAGAAACGUCAUCGAAGUAAAUCUGAUAGUAGGGAACGUAAAAAAAUUACUAAAUUAACAGAACGAAAUGUAAUAGUAGACAUAAAUCGGGAUAAAAAAUCUAAACAGGAUUUAAAUGACAAACAAAAAGAUUUAGAUAGAAGACGAGAUGAAAAAAUUAAAGUUAAUGAUGAAGUAAAAAAAUCAGAUAAAUUACGAAAAGUUGUAGAAAAAAAAGAUGUAAUCCAUAAAGAUGACUUAAGAAAACGUGUGGAUGGGGAUCGUCGUAAAGAACUUGUGAAGCGAAAUGAAUUACGAAAGCGUGAUCAUGAUGUUAAAGAAGAUGAUCGCAAACGAGAAGAGUAUCGUUCAUCUAAAUCACGAAAUGAUACAAACAAUCGAGAUAUUAAAGGGAAUUCAAAACAUUUAAAGCCAACAGAAAAUCGAAAUUGUAAUUUAGGUAGAGAUGCACGUAGUCGAGAACGAAUAAUAAAUAAAGAUGGUCACAAUAGUCGAGAUAAAACAGACAAUAGGGUUAAACAUAAUAGCAGAGAUCGUUAUAUUUCUACUCGAGAUAGAGCAAACAGUCGAGAUUGUCGAGACUCUCGAAAUCAUGAUAAAACUUUCGAACGAGCUAGAAGUCUCAGAAGAUCGCGGAGUCCUGUACGUCAUAGAGGUGAUAGAGACCGGAAUGAUAGGUAUCGACGAUCAAGAUCAUUGUCACGAAAUCGUAGGGAUCGGGACAGAUAUGGUCGGAAUGACAGAGAUCGAGAAAAAAAUGGUAAACGUGAACGAGGUGAUAAAUAUAAAGAUUCACUUUCUGAAGGCUUGAAGGUAGAAAGAUCUGAUAGCUCUAGCGAAGAUGAUCUUAAGGAUAUUGAUAUUGAGGAGGAAGAAGAUGAAGAAACGAUCAUUGAAAGGCGUAGAAAACAAAGAGAGGAAUUACUUAAAAGAUUAGGUGGACCAGCAGAAGAUUCAAAUUUGUCUACAGAUAUUAUUUUAAAUCCUAGUAAUACAAUACAAUCAAAUUCAUCUUCAAAUUUCAUAGAAAUAUUAAAUAAUAAUGAUUCAAAUUUGGAGAGUCACACUCCACCAUUACCAGAUCAAGAAAAGUCACAAUUAUUGGCAAAAAAAAGAAAGUCGAGAUUUGAUGAACCACCGACGAAUAAAAAAUUAUUGGAGAAGCUAGAAGAAACUAAGAUGACUGAAAAAAACGAAGAGAAGAUUAUUGUCAAAAAAUCUAGUGAGUGGGAUAUGUUCGCUGAUAUCGAUAAUGUAGGAGAUUUCAAUAGUCCUACUGUUGAAGGUAAUCGAGUAGGUGGCCACGAGAAUCCAAAUUUGACUGAUAAUUGGGACGAUGCUGAAGGGUAUUACCGUGUACGUAUCGGUGAAACUCUUGAUAGUCGAUAUACUGUUUAUGGGUACACUGGUCAAGGAGUGUUUAGUAACGUUGUCAGGGCAAGAGAUACUACACGAGGAGGUAUGGACGUUGCUGUGAAAAUCAUAAGAAAUAAUGAAAUAAUGCAUAGGACAGGUCUGAAAGAAUUGGAAAUUCUUCGAAAGCUUAAUGAUGAAGAUCCAGAAGAUCGCUUUCAUUGUCUGCGAUUAUUUCGACAUUUCUUUCAUAAAAAUCAUUUGUGUAUGGUUUUUGAACCGCUUUCAAUGAAUUUAAGAGAGGUAUUGAAGAAAUAUGGCAAAGAUGUAGGUUUGCAUGUGAAAGCAGUGCGUUCGUAUUCACGACAAUUGUUCCUUGCCUUAAAAUUAUUAGGUAAAUCACAUAUUUUGCAUGGCGAUAUAAAACCAGAUAAUAUUCUAGUCAAUGAAAAUAAAAUUGUAUUAAAAUUAUGUGAUUUUGGAUCGGCGUGUUACACACAUGAAAAUGAAAAUACGCCAUAUCUCGUCUCAAGAUUUUAUCGUGCUCCAGAAAUAAUUCUUGGAAUAAAGUACGACUGUGCUAUUGAUAUGUGGUCAGUUGGAUGUACCAUAUACGAGUUAUAUACUGGCAAAAUUAUGUUUUCUGGUAAAACAAAUAAUCAAAUGUUAAAAUUUUUUAUGGAUCUCAAAGGCAAGAUGCCUAAUAAAUUAAUAAGAAAAGGAGCAUUUAAAGAUCAGCACUUUGACAUCAAUUGUAAUUUUCUCUAUCAUGAGGUUGAUAGAGUCACGGAACGCGAAAAAAUAGUUGUUAUGUCGACAAUUCCUCCAACGCGGGAUCUUGGUUCGGAGCUUGGUGGAACUUCGUUACCUGCAGAGCAAAGUCGUAGGGUCAGCCCAGUCAGCCAGCUGAAGGAUCUUCUAGAACGUAUAAUAAUGUUGGAUCACACCAAAAGAAUAAAAGUGAAGGAAGCACUGCUUCAUCCAUUUAUACUAGACAAAAAUUAGAUCACUCUUCAAUUAAUUCUUCAAUGACCAUUGAUGGACCUAGUGAGUGCCAGUAGCGCCGUUCCCGUUGCAAGGUAUUCAUGGAGCGUGCCUUAUGGGAUAUUUGUUAUAUCCAAAUAUUCAAUAUUUCACUAUAUUUUUUAGCAAACAAGAUAUAUAUCGCGUGAUAGGAAUUAGGGUAAAAAAAAAGUUUAAACAUGGCUAUAAUAAAUCAAGAAGAUUGACUUAUCCUAUCUAUUAGGAAAGCUAAACAAUUGGGGAAACAAAUCCUCUGAGUUUUCCUUUAUUUUAAAAAUAACUUUUCAUUAAUUACGAUUGCUUAAAAUUUAAGAUUUUUAAUAUUAUUAAAAAAAGCAAUAAAGUAAAAAUUGAAAGACAUAAAAAUGGUGAUUCUUGAUGUAAUUUUUCUAAUUGGCCGUUUGGUAAUGUUUUAACUUGUAGCCCUCCCUGUAACGAAGGGAGGAAAUGGAUGAAGAAUUCAUAUCAGGAGUAAGAACUCACUACCAUAUUACUUAUCUGGUGGAACAAGAUCCAAGCGAACAAUUAACACCUAAUAUCACUUCAAAUGAGAGACGAUUACUUCAGAAAACACAUUAAUAGUUGGUAUAUUUUUCCAUAUAGUUUAGUAAGUGGUGUUCAUAACAGGUAAGAUGCAAGUAUUAAAAGUAUUUUAAUUCAGAUUUUUUUAUGUAGAAUUUUUUUUUUUCUUAUGAGGUGUAAUUUGCAAGUUAUUCUAUAAUAAUAUAUAAAUAAAAAAAAAAAGUAAAGCAUUUGAUAUUAAUUUAUUUUCACAACUUGCAGAUU